GGACAAACCCAAACUCAUGUACCCCCACAACAUUCCCUCCCAUCCAUCCAAAGAAUUAUUCCCUCCCAAGGUCCAAUUAGAGGUGGUAUAGAAGUAACAUUGCUCGGAUUUAAUUUCCGUCCUGGAUUGCUGGUUAAAUUCGGGGUUAAUUCAGCUUUGGCUACUCAUUGUUGGUCAGAAACUACCAUUGUUACCUAUUUACCUCCUGCUGCUAUGCCUGGACAAGUAUUGGUUAGUUUUGAAGACCUCGACAAUAUAAUGUUGGGAGGACACCAACCACAGCAAGUUUUCACCUAUACUGAUGACACUGAUCGUCAAUUGAUUGAAUUGGCAUUACAAAUUGUUGGAUUGAAGAUGAAUGGUAAAUUGGAAGAUGCCAAGAAUAUUGCCAAAAGAAUUGUUGGUACUGAUAGUAACAGUAAUACCACUGGUAUGAAUACACCUACUCAUAAUCCAUCAUCGUCAUCAAAUCAACAAAUGAAGAUGUCGAAUGAUUCUUGGUUUGAUAGCGCUCAUAAGUCGUUGGAACAAUUGACUAAAUCUGGAUUAUCGACACAAGAAAUCUUGAUUAGUUUGCUUUCAUUGGUUGAUUUGCCAAAUUGUCCAAUUGUUAUUCCUAACUGGCAAUUGUCUAAUAAAGAAGGUCAAUCGUUGUUACAUUUGGCUACUUUGAAGAAUUAUUCUAAUUUGAUUAGAUUCUUGAUCACCCACGGUUGUAAGAUUGACUUACAAGACAAUCAAGGUAUAACUCCAUUGUUCUUGGCUGGUAUGUGUGGUCAUCGUGAUUUAAUCAAGGUUUUCAUUGACUGUAAAUCUAAUUUGAAUUUGAAGUUGUCUAAUGACAAGUAUUUGAAGGAUUAUGCUGAUUUGAAUGUUUUGGAUAUGUUCCCUGAUGGACCAAGAUCACAUGGGUUUGAUGUCAUGAAGAAAUCUGUUAGUGUUGAUUCAUUGAAUUCCAUGUUUGAAAAUGACUACGGAAGGCAUGUUUCCAAGAUGGUUUUGCUGGAUGAUUUGAAUGAUUUGGACAAGUCUGAGUAUCCUCAACUGGAUAUUAUAACUUCUGUGGAAGAUUAUUCAUCGGAAUUUGCCGAUUCAGAGUAUGAGUCUGAUGAUCAUGAUGAUGAACCUGAGGAAGAAGAGUAUGAAAUUUAUGAAGACGACUACUCAGAAGAGGAAGGUGUAGAGCAUGAUUACGACAGUGAAAUUGAAACUAUCAUUGGCACAUCUUCAACUGCAGCUACAUCCGUAGCAACAAGUCCUGCAGAUGCAACUACACCUACAUCGCCUGGAUUAUGGCAAAAAGUGAUGAAUGUGUUCCAUAGUGAUGAUGAAAGAGGUGAACGCGAAUCCUUACCUUCCUAUGAUGAUUUAUUCCCAUUGGGUCCGUCAUCUUCUACUUCCAAACCAAAGUCAUCUAUCGAACGUUUGUUGAAUCGGGUCGACUCUCAACAAGAUUCCGAUGCGGUGCCUUCUGAUUCUUCAGAAGACAUGGUGGUUUCCUAUAUCAAUCAUCCUCGAAAGACGGUUGAGAAUGAUAAGAUGUUGUUCUUUUUCUGGUUGCCUGCAUUGAUGUGUAUUUUAGGAUUAUUCUUUAUGAUCCAUGUCAUGGGAUACAAGAUUGAAAUUAUAGAACGUGCCAAGGAUAUAAUCCGAGGUGUGGUUGGUAAUGCAAUGGUAGGUGAUGAAAGAAUCGGAAGAUUGUUUAACCGUGGUGAUCAGGGAGUUCUUCUGGUAUGA